AUGUUGUUAUUUAGCUUACGCUUCAUCGUUUUGGCCAGCAUCUGGCAGCUGCACUUAACGGCACAACUAAUACCUCACAUGGGAUAUUUUAUAGAGAUUCAUCAAAUGGAUUGUGAGUCCAAUCAAAGUUAUAUAAACAACUUUGUUUGCAAAGUUUCGGUUCCACGAAAUCGAAGUCUUGAUGCCUCACUCCGAAUUGUGCAAAAGCUAAACGUCUUAACUGGAUCCCUUAAGGUGUCUAUUCCCAAUUCGAAAAAGGUCUUUACAAAAAUCUUUGACUUGACCUUCGACUUGUGCAAGACCCUGCGAGAACGCAAGCGAAAGGCAUUGCUAGAUCUGUUGGUAAAAAGCUUAAAUCGUGGCUCAAAUGCCAUAAUAAGAUGUCCUUUUGGCAACGGUAAUUAUUUUUCCAAAAACAUUACAGCUGGCGACUCGUUGCCUCCACUGUUAACUGAAACCGAUUUCUUAGUUCAUUUUGAUGUGUUUAUACCGAAACUGGCUCAUGUGGCAAAUGUGACAGUUUUGGGCCGAUUGUUUGAUAUCUCAAAGGAGCAGGCCAGAAAGAAGAAGUUUCUGUAG